CGCCGUGCCUUCAGUCGAACGAUCGGCGCUCGCUGGUACGGUUGAUACUCUGCUGCGUUCUUGUCCCCAAACACAGUAUUAUUUACAAAAGGAAACAAGGCCGCCGUUCUGUCCUACACACACACACACAUAGUCCUGUGCUUCGUUAUCUAUCGUUUUCAUCCAGCGUGAGUGUCUAUUUUCACAAGUGCUUCCGCCGGUUGGUGAUCGCUCAGAGUGGAAAAUCGGAUCAAAAUUAGUAGUAUUGGACGAGAGAUACAAUCCAAUCAGCCAUCAUCACAAUUUUUGCGGUGGGUGAAACCAAAAGAAAGAAAGAAAAGAUCGCUGCGAGGAACUGCAGCUGCUGGAGAGGGAAGAAAACAACCAGAAGGUUUUAUUUUUAUUUUCGUCCAAACUGCUGCAUCAAAUUUCAUUCCCGAGUUUGACGUCAUGAAUUUACCACAUCACCAUCCGCCGCCGCCGUCGCACUCGUCGUCGGUUACCUCAUACCAAACUUUCCGACUGUUGACGACCCUCUUCUUGGUGCUGGUCGUCUCGCAGUUUUUCCUGUCGACAGCAGUGAGCGCUAUCGAUUGCUUCAAGUGCGUGUCGGUGAACGGCGAGAAUCCGGCCUGCGAAGAUCCGUUCCACAAUAACUUCACCAGUGAUCUGCUCGAGUCGCCCUGUUUGGGCGGACGUAAAGGACGCAACGGCCUCUUUCCGGCCACGGCUUGUCUGAAGCUCGCCGGUCGUUACGCCGACGGUAAUUACGAGAAGAUGGUGAUUCGUACCUGCGCCCUGGACUCUGGUACACUGACACUUGACACGGAAUUGGUCCGAAUGUCCCAUUGUGGCAGUUUCGUUCUGGAUGGAAGGUACGUUAAUGGCUGCCUUCAAAGCUGCGACGACGGCGACGGAUGCAACAGUGCGCCAUCAGAUCGACCCGGCUGGCUGCGGAUAGUUACGGCGGCCGCAUCGGUCAUCACGAUAUCCCUCAUUUGGGCUAACGUGAUGCCCAGCUAUCACGUUUUCCGAUAAUCCAUCGAAGAAGAAAAAAAAAUAUGAAAAAAAAAAGAAUUUUUAAAAAUGCCGCCGAAUAUUUAUUUACUGCUAAUUUGUUUCUGAAAUUAUAUUCUUCAAGAUAAUAUUCCGCUCGCGUGUAAUUCUCUCGACGUUUUGAUCAUUUUUUUUUUCAGUUAAUUCUAUCCUCUUUUGAUCAAUUUCCGCUUCGUCUUCUUUUUCUUUGCUCUACCUAUUACCAGUCCAAUUUGAUUGGAUUUUGACUUUUCUCUGCUCUGCUCCCGAUUCCUGAUUCUUUGGCGAAACUUAUUAAUUUCUCUCUUCCUCUUGUCAGAUGAAAAUAGUAUAAAUAUAUAUACAUGCCGACGGUA